AUGGCAAUGGUGGGACUCAGUAUGGCAUUUGUUGCGGCAGAGGUCGUGCCACUCUUCCUCAUCACUCUCUUCACGGUCAUUGCAUACGACCUCAAUGCCGGCUCUUAUGUUAUCUGGAUCAUCGUUUCGCAAUUCAUCGCCAUUGCUGCAGUCGCGCCUUUCGUUGGCACUAUCGCCGAUCUCAUCGGACGAAGAUCGGUUGUUCUUGUUGGUCUCUCCUGCACUGUUGUUGCUAUGAUCAUCAUCGGGACCGUCCAUAAUAUAUCAGGAAUGAUCGCUGGGCAAGUGAUGGCUGGAGUAGGAAUUGGUAUUCAACUCCUGACCACGGUCGCCGCCGCUACGGAACUCGUCCCCACCAACAAGCGCGGCUCAACGAUAGGCUACAUUGUGUGCGGGUUCACCCCUUUCGCUGCUGCGUCUCUCUAUGGGCAAUAUCUCGCGUCACACAGCUGGAGAUGGGUCUCUGUACUUGUUGGCAUCUGGGCCGUACUCGCUUUCAUCGUCCUGGCGAUCUUCUAUCAUCCUCCACCGCGCGUCAAUUCUGAGGGUCUCUCGAAACGGGAAAUCGUCAAACGCAUCGAUUUCGUUGGCAGCUUCUUGUCCCUCGCAGGAAUUAUUCUCUUCCUGACAGGUCUCAACUGGGGUGGCCAGAGUUAUCCUUGGAAAUCUGGGCAUGUCAUUGGCACAAUGAUUGCUGGCGGCGUUACGAUAAUUAUAUUCUUCCUCUGGGAAAAGUUUGGUACCAAGUACCCCAUGUUUCCCAUGGCACUAGCACGAAGCCCCCGGCCGUUUAUUGCUGUGAGCAUCCUUGCUUUGACAUCUGGAAUCAACUAUAUUCCCCUCGUCGUCUUUUGGGUCAUACAGUUGUACACUGUCUAUUAUGCGUCCUUCUAUCAAGCAGGAGUGUACUUGUUGCCAAUCGGCUUCUGCAUUGCGGGUGGAGCUGUGAUCAGCGCCGUACUUAUGAGCAUCUUCAGCAAAAGAAUUCCCCUGAUUCUCAUGGUCUUCUGCAUCAUUCAAACUGCCGGCCUCGGCUCAAUGGCAGCGAUUGACCCAGAGAACAUCAAAACUGCAUGGGCGCCAAUGGUGCUCGGCCUGAUCGGCGUCGGUGGAGUCCUCCUCCCCUGCCAAGUAAUCUACUCCAUCAUCACUCCCGACGAGCUUCUCGGCACCGGCGUCGCGCUCUCGAUCGUAAUCCGAAUGAUCGGGCAAGUCGUCGGCGUCUCCAUGUUCUACAACAUCUUCCUGCACCACGUGCACGAGAACGCCGUCAAAUACUUCGCUAUCCCGGCCAUCCAGGUGGGAUUUACCUCAGUCGAGGGGAUCACCCAGCUUGCGACGACUUUGACGGCUGGUCCGUUGACGAGUUAUGCUCAUUAUUUCCCGGAGCUGGACUCUCCAGAGAAGAUUCAUACAAUUGUUGUGGCUGGACAUGAACUGUUCAAGCGUUGCUUCCCGAUCUUGUAUUUGAUCUCGAUUGCCUUUGGUGGGGCUGCUAUUAUUUCAUCCUUCUUCUUGAGCGAUAUUAAUAAGUUUAUGAAUGAUCACGUUGCUGUAUUGAUGUAA